AUGCAACCGUAUAUAGCCCCAGGUCCAGAUGGUUCUCAGCCGGUGUUUUACCAACGUUUUUGGGAUCUCGUUAAGCCAAAUGUAGUGGGAAUUGUGAAGGAGGUGUUAGAGGGUAGAGAUUUCCCUUUGGGUUUGAACAAUGCUUUUCUGGUUCUUAUACCCAAAGUUGAUGUCCCUCAAGGUGCAAAACAAUUCCGACCCAUUGGAUUAUGUAAUAUAGUCUAUAAGUUGGUGACAAAAGUUAUUGUGAAUAGGUUGAAACCGGUUCUGCCCACCCUCAUAUCCCCUACUGAGUGUAGUUUUGUACCAAAUAGGCAAAUUACAGACAACGUGAUCAUUGUUCAAGAAAUGCUCCACACAAUGCGGAAUAAAAAGGGUAAAGUGGGUUAUAUGGCUGUAAAGAUCGACUUCGAGAAAGCAUAUGACCGGCUUCGAUGGUCGUUUAUCUGUGAGUCGUUAAUGGAAUUAAGAAUUCCCCAGAAUUUAGUAGAGGUUGUGAAGCAAUGUAUUAAUUCUGUCAAGCUCCAAAUUCUCUGGAAUGGGGAGCCGUUGAAAGAAUUCAGUCCUUCAAGGGGUAUACGGCAGGGCGACCCCUUAUUCCCGUACUUGUAUGUCAUAUGUAUGGAAAGAUUAACCCAUUUAAUCGAUCGAGAGGUAAGUCUGGGUUCAUGGAAACCUGCUAGGGCGAGUAGGGAUGGACCUCCCAUUUCGAACCUCGCUUUUGCGGAUGACUUGAUCCUCUUCGGGGAAGCUAUUGAUCAAGCUAAGUUUGUAAUUGUCUGGGCAUGGAGUAGCGGCAUGGAGGCCACUGAGGACUUUGGUAAAUACUUAGGAGUGCCUACUAUUAAUGGUAGCCUGACAACGAAGCUACCUAGAACCACCUGUGAUGAUAUUGACCGCAAGACAAGGAGUUUCCUGUGGGGAGAACAUGAGGGGAAGAGAAAAGUGCACUUAGUAGUGUGGGAUAAGGUGACUAGACCGAGAAAUGAAGGGGGUCUGGGCAUUAAGUCAAUGAGGCAAACGAAUUCAGCCUUUUUAGCGAAGCUAGGCUGGAGAUUACUGGCAGAACCUGCAGCACUCUGGUCUAGAGUUCUGAGAGCCAAGUAUUGCAAUAACGGAUGCGACAUAGAUAUGUUUAAAGACAAAGCAAGUGCUUUUAACGCUUGGAGGGGCAUUAUGAGCAGUGUUGAUGUGAUUAAUAAGGGUCUGAAUGUGGCGGUUGGCAAUGGAAAUAAGACCUUCUUCUGGCACCACCGAUGGAAAAUUAGAAAUACGGGGUGGAAGUACGAAGCGUUUGCAGCCUAUCUUCCUGAUAGCACGUUGAGGGAGAUAGCUUCGUUUGAUCUGGUUGAUGAUGAAGAUGCAGUGGAUGAUAUCUAUUGGAACGGCUCUCCUAACGGAGGCUUCUCUAUUAGUUCAGCUCUGACCUUAAUUCGAAAUGAGGUAGAGUUAAAUGAAGUUAGUUUGAAGAAACGGAGGAGCAUUUGGAGAGUUUCUAUCCCACAAAAGAUGAGGUUUUUCUUAUGGUUGGCAAUACAAGAGCACCUGAUGACUAAUGGAAAUAGAUUUGUUAGACACCUUACUGAAGACCCAAGGUGUUUGGUGUGUGGGGACUGGGGAUGCAGAAGAGAACGCGGAACAUGUGGUUAG